GGUCGCGCGGUGAGGAGCACAGCAUCUUCCUCCUCCUCCUCAUUCACUCACUCACUCACUCUCUCUCUCCCCUCAUUGCCAUAACAACGGAUGCAGCGCAUCAGUCCGCGCGGGUUCAACAUUCAGCAGCCGCGCGCGGCGGAAUAAACCCGCACCGGUGCCGUUAAGACACCGCAAAGGUGAAACACGCACGCACGCGCCACUCUGAACUAUUUACGUCAAACCGUUUAAGCUGCCUGAGGGAGACGAGCGCACUCGGGAGAUCCUCACCGGGGUUGUUUGGUAACGGUUCAACCGGGGAAGGCGAGAGAAGAAAGAGCAGGAAGUGCAGCGUGGGAAAGCGGAGAAAAUCUCCGGGGAUCUCCAGCUCACUGCUCCAUCUACGGUCCUCCCCGAUUUUUCCACCAUGGCUCGGGAGAACGGAGAGGCCGGCGGAAAUUGCUCGUGGAAGAAGCAGGUCGAUGAUAUCAAGGAGAUGUUUGAAUUCAAAGAGGUGCUCGGGACGGGUGCGUUCUCAGAGGUGGUCCUGGCGGAGGAGAGGUCCACAGGAAAGAUGUUCGCUGUGAAGUGCAUCCCUAAAAAAGCGCUUAAGGGGAAGGAGAACAGCAUCGAGAAUGAGAUUGCUGUUCUACGCAAAAUCAAGCAUGAAAACAUAGUGGCACUGGAAGACAUCUAUGAAAGCUCCAAUCACCUUUACCUUAUAAUGCAGCUUGUGUCUGGAGGCGAGUUGUUCGACCGGAUCGUGGAGAAAGGUUUCUACACUGAGAAAGACGCCAGUACGCUCAUCAGACAAGUACUAGAUGCUGUAAACUACCUCCAUAGUAUGGGCAUCGUACACAGAGAUCUCAAGCCUGAGAAUCUGCUCUAUUUCAACCCUCAAGACGGCUCAAAGAUCAUGAUCAGUGAUUUCGGCCUGUCUAAGAUGGAGGGGACGGGUGAUGUCAUGUCCACAGCAUGUGGGACGCCGGGAUACGUGGCACCAGAAGUUCUCGCUCAGAAGCCGUACAGUAAAGCUGUGGACUGCUGGUCUAUCGGAGUCAUUGCCUACAUCCUACUGUGUGGUUACCCUCCCUUUUAUGACGAGAAUGACUCCAAACUCUUUGAGCAGAUCCUGAAAGCGGACUAUGAGUUUGAUGCACCGUACUGGGAUGAUAUUUCGGAUUCAGCAAAAGACUUCAUCAGUUGUUUGAUGGAAAAGGACCCCUCAAAGCGAUACACAUGUGAUCAGGCCCUUCGACAUCCCUGGAUCGCAGGAGACACCGCGCUCUGCAAGAACAUCCAUGAGUCCGUCAGUCGACAAAUGCGCAAAAACUUUGCAAAAAGCAAAUGGAGACAAGCCUUCAACGCCACGGCUGUGGUUCGCCACAUGAGGAGACUGCAGUUGGGCAGUAGUAUGGGGAGCAGCAUGGACCAAUCGAGCUCCGCCAACCAGAACCGCACACUGAACGCGAGCCAGACUCCAACUCUACCGCCCAACACGACACCAAACUCCACUCCGGCACUUACCCAAAACCACAAACCUGCUGCCAACCCAAAUGCCGUUCUUAUUAACGAUAUGGCCACAGGAAACACCUCUAUACCACGUAAAGACUGUACGGCCCCUCCCCACACUUCCUGUUCUCUGGCAUCAGCUGCUUCCUCCUCCUCUUCCUCGGGGGCGGAGCCCUGCAGGCCCCUCCCUCCCUCCGUUGCGUCGGUGACCACAGUGCUAACUGGGACCAAGUGACGCCAGGUUCUGCGGGGAGAGAGCUGGGAGGCCACUGCCCUGUGAGUCCUGCCCCUCAGCCCGCUCCCCGCCCUGCCGUCCUGUAAGGCAGAGGACUGAACCAUCGCCAUAGCAUCACUGCGCGCGCCUAAUGCACUCCUGCCAUUUAACCUCCAGGCCACUAGAGGGUGCAAUGCAUGCAGCGGCAGGAGACAGAGAUUUCCAGCAGAUGGCUUCCAUUUUGAGAAGUGAAUUCGUGCGGCUGGACAGAACUGUGAUGUCUUUGCUAUGAAUGUGCUACGAACCUCGCCAGCCAUGUUUCCUUUGGGGGGAAAAACGAACGAACGAGUCAAAAAGAGCCCAGAGGUUCAGGUGCGAAAGUGUGUGCAUGAUCGUGUCGGCCCUUAUAAGAGGACGGCGCCAAUGUCAAACGAUUCUUCUUACUAUAUCGUAACAUGUCUAGCUCUUCCCUCUUUUCCCUUUUUACUUUCUCUAUCUACUCACGAUUUCUUGUAUUCCUUCUUAGCUACCAUUCUGAUCUUUCGUGGGUUUUUCACUGAUGUGUCAUGCUGACCUGCAGGAGUGCUUUUAAUAUCACGUUAAGACUGUUUCUGAGUCAAGACUUCUGUUUGCACAUAAGAGAGAACAUUUACUGGCGCUUUACAGUGUUUUUACAAACGCAAAGCUUGGAGAUUAUCGAUUUGAGACCUCACAGUUGGGUUUUAGCAUCACGAAGUUCAAGAUAUCUGAUAAAACAUGCAAGAUGUUUGAUAGUUAUCUUACUUAACUGGACUUUUUUUUUUUUACGCAGAGAAAAAGCAGCUUGUUCAUGUUUCUAUCUGCUUUGAAUACACACGGACAGUAAGUGUUAGGUACUGAAUAUAGUAUAACUGUUACUCAACACAAACACACAAAUCUCCCGAAAAGCCAUGGCAGCGUCUUUCUCCGCCCAGUGUACGAGUUCUCAGGGAAUUCCGCAGCUGCACUGGGCAUCAUAGUGAUGGGAUCUAUACUAAACGCCUCCAUGGUUUGAGCUUGUCUCAUCCAGCCAGAAUAAUGUCAAAAAUGUAGUUUAGGAUGAUAGACAGCUGUUUAACUCGGGCAUACGAUUGUAUGACAAUUUGACCAUGCUGUAAAACUGACAUGUUAUGCUACAUUUAUGCUGUAUCAGAAUUAGCCUACCACAAUUAAAAACAUUAUCAAAUUCCUAAUAGAGUGCAACAGCCGGGUACCGGAAGUAGAAAUGUCAUUGAUUUUUUCCAUA